UGUGUCUCAGUUGGAGGACGCACCACGAGACGGACCUGGUCCAAGAAAGAGACGUUUUUCUUUUCUUCUAUUAAUUCAGGAUUAAUUAUUUUUCUCUUUGCGGGUGAUUCUUUGUUUCUCUACAGAAACAGGUGGUCCUCCGUCAUCACAGGUGGUCCUCCGUCAUCACAGGUGGUCCUCCGUCAUCACAGGUGGUCCUCCGUCAUCACAGGUGGUCCUCCGUCAUCACAAGUGGUCCUCUGCUACCACCAUGUCGUGGGGGGCGCUCUACGCCCAGCUGGGCGGAGUCAACAAACACUCCACCAGCCUGGGGAAGAUCUGGCUCUCCGUCCUCUUCAUCUUCCGUAUCACCAUCCUGGUCCUGGCCGCAGAGAGCGUGUGGGGAGACGAGCAGUCCGACUUCACCUGCAACACGCAGCAGCCCGGCUGCAAGAACGUCUGCUACGACCAUUUCUUCCCCGUGUCGCACAUCCGCCUGUGGUGCCUGCAGCUGAUCUUCGUCUCCACGCCGGCGCUGCUGGUGGCCAUGCACGUGGCCUACAGGAACCGCGGGGACAGGAGGACCAUGCUGGCCUCCAACGGCACCGAGCGAACGACGGACAGCGAGCUGCAGACGCUGAAGAGGAGGCGCCUGCCCAUCACGGGCCCGCUGUGGUGGACCUACACCUGCAGCCUGUUCUUCCGCCUGAUCUUCGAGGGCGGCUUCAUGUACGCGCUGUACUUCGUGUACGGCGGCUUCCAGAUGCCGCGCCUGGUGAAGUGCGAGCAGUGGCCCUGCCCCAACAAAGUGGACUGCUUCAUCUCCAGGCCCACGGAGAAGACCAUCUUCACCAUCUUCAUGGUGUCCUCCUCCACCAUCUGCAUGGUGCUGAACGUGGCCGAGCUGUGCUACCUCAUCGCUAAGGCGGCGCUGAGGUCCUCGGCCCAGUCCAACCGGAGGAAGCGCACGCUGCAGGACAAAAGCCACCUGCAGAACGUGAAGAACGAGCUGCUGUCCGGCGACUCGCACUCCGCCACCAAGACUUGCUGAGGGACGGGCAGCCGCCCUGUGGAACCACAGAAGAAGAGAACCCCCCCCCCCCCUCCAUUAUUUAUGUUUUGGAAGAUUACCACAAAAAAACCCCGUCCCAAACAGCAGAAGUAUCACAGGCGUCGAAGCCAGUCGUGACCUGUGACCUUCUGAAGACACAUGGUUUAAUCUUCAUUCACCUGGUCCAGGCUGGGCUUAAGGUACGUGAGCCCAGCGUCUCCGAGGCGAGCGAAGGUCGCCUGGUUGAACUUAAAGAGAUGUUUCGUACACUGUGCACAUGAAAAGGAGGCUUUUUAUCGUGAUUUGCUUGAAUGUUUUAGUCCACGCUGACAUCUGGUGGUUCUGGGUGGAACCUCAGAGAGAACCUGAAGGAUUUUAGUGGUAAUGAAGAGGAGGAGGAAGGAGAACAAGUGAAGUCAUCAAGACUGAAGCAGAGAAUAAAAGUGCUUUUCUGAUAGUUUUUUAGUGUCUAGUUUAAAAGAGACUUUUUAACGCGUGCUGUUACUAGUUGAUGAGUUUUUAUGAUCCUCUGUGAUCUGAAUUAAGCGACAUGAAGUUUGAAAAAUUGGAUAAAUAAUGCUUUUAUUUUGAUAUCUUCAUAAUGACCAAGAAAUGUGUUGCACAACAUGAUUAUGCUGUAAUAUAACCAGAUGUGAUUGUGUCUGAUCGAAUCAGAAUGACGUUUACUUCUGUAUUUUGUACUUUGCAUAUUUUCACACCAGUCGAUGAAGAAAUGUGGACAAAGAUGAACAUCUGGACUGGACCAGAUGUUUUAUUCUGCAGUCCGGCCAAAGUAGUUUGAUCUAAUCUCACAUGAACAAACCCAGCAUAUGUUCAUAAGGACCAGAUGUUUAGGCAAAACGAUCAUUUCUGGCUUUUGUUAAAAAAAAAAAAUACACAUCCAAAGCAGGAUUGAUGUCAAGGUCUUACUAUUCAGAAUUAUGGUUAAUAUGCUUCAUAUUAGUCAUUAAUAUUUCACUAACAAUCUGGAUUAUCAAGAGAAGCGAUUUUAACAAAUGUUGAGGGUUUACUCCCCAUUUUCUUUAACAUUUUACUUAUUGAUUAAAUACUAAACCAAGUACUUAUGUUAAUGCUUUUUUUUGUAACCAAAGCCAGAUGUUUAGUACUGCUCAUUAUUAUAAUUAUCAUUAACAAUAGUUAAUUUAAUAACAGCAUUGUUUAAUUUGUAUUAUUGUUGUAUUAAAAACAAUAGUGUGUCAUUUAUGAAUAAUACGAGUAGUGUACCGUCGGGUCGAACUGGACCUCCUGACCUCACGGCUGGAUCAGUGAGCCUUUUUUAGCCAGCACACUAAUCAGGGGGG